UUGCGUGUUUUUUAUUUUUUGUUGUGUGCUGUUGUAUCGCCCGUUUUGAUUACGCUUGUGCGAUCCGUUUCUUGGAACGUGUCUAAACGUUCUCAAUUAAAAGUUUUCUGUGAAAUCGAAGUACGGUGAGUACGAAGCGCAUUAGACAUGCUUCACAGUUAUUGAACUAUUGCUCAGCACAGCACUUAGAAGACCCUGCUCAGAGACCUCGUUUUCAACGUACGCCAGGUGCCAUCACACUUUUUUUCCAGGUGUGAAAGGACCUAUUUUUACCAUUCACCAUGUCGUACAUGCUACAGCACUUGCACAAUGGCUGGCAAGUCGACCAGGCCAUUCUGUCCGAGGAGGACCGUGUUGUUGUGAUUCGUUUCGGUCACGAUUGGGAUCCGACCUGCAUGAAGAUGGACGAAGUCCUGUACAGUAUCGCAGAGAAAGUUAAGAACUUCGCAGUCUUCUACCUAGUGGACAUAACUCAGGUGCCGGACUUCAACAAGAUGUACGAACUGUACGACCCGUGCACCGUCAUGUUUUUCUUCCGCAACAAGCACAUCAUGAUUGACUUGGGAACUGGAAACAAUAAUAAAAUCAAUUGGGCACUAGAGGACAAGCAGGAAAUGAUAGAUAUCGUGGAGACGGUGUAUCGUGGAGCUCGAAAGGGUAGAGGUCUGGUGGUUUCACCCAAGGACUAUUCCACCAAGUACAGGUAUUGAGGUGGAUGGUGUACGGACAGAGCGAUAUUUCAAUUUCUGGGACAAACAUUUGUGUGUUGUGCGGUCACUGGAUUGCACUGGCUGUUCAUCAAUACCAACUGUCUUGUGGCAUGAAAAUUUGCAUAAGCAACAAAUGUAGGGCAGGCUGAAGCUCAAACUUCAUGCAUAACUGAAUCAUCUCCCAUGCCCAGUAAUUCGCUUGACAGCCUCAACAAAAACGUCUAGUGUCAACACCGAUUUAAGAUGUACAGCGUCAAUUCAACCACCAGAGAAUGUUCAGCAUACUGUAUGUGUGUCCUUGUAUUGUCAUCAGAUGUGCAGUGAAAUAGGGUUUCGUCUGCUACUGCAAAGGCAGAGACUUCACAGUAUCUGAUAAGGGCAUCAUGCAUGGUGAAGCAUAACUCAACAUUAAAUACAUUGCAUUGCAUUGCAAAACAUUAAAUACAACUUUAAUACAUUU